CCCACAGCAAACGGGACAAAACCUCCACGGUUCUUUUCCCAAACUAACGACGAGACAUCCAAUCUCCUUUUUUUUUUGGGUCGGAUUCGCUCCGUCGCAUCGUCGGAAUCGCUCGCGAUGGGCUUCUUGGUGACGACCCUCAUCUUCUUCGUGGCGGGCGUCGUCGCCGCCCUAUCCGUCCGCCUCUGCUUCAACGGCGGCCCCUCCAUCAAUCUGUUACGUUUUACAUUGGUUGUCACCGCAACAGUAUGUUGUUGGAUGAUGUGGGCAAUUGUAUAUCUUGCACAGCUGAAGCCGUUGAUUGUCCCCAUCCUCAGCGAAGGAGAGUGAAAUGCUUGUCAAAGAAUAACUUUUAGUUGGUGGCAUUCAGCAUCAUGUCUUAUUUCAACCUGCAGUGCAACUUGAGAAAUCUUCAGCAUGCAAGUUUUGGAUUUCCUUCCCUUUGAGCUUGGUAAAAUAUAUUGCCACUAAUAACUUGUACCAGAGAUAUCUUCACGUACAUGGAUUCAUGUAGUGUUUUAUUGGUCUAAGGAACGUGGGACUUCAGAUAUUUGCAGUGAGUUCAUAAAAGAAGGCCAUUUGUUGUUUUCAAUUCUUGGAAA